CUUCCAAUUUGUUUCUUAGAUAUUGCUCUGCAUCUUCUUUCAUAUUGCCCUGCUGCUUCCUUCCUGAAUUUUUUAUUUUCGUUUAAUUAAUAAGAGAGAGAAAAAGAGGAAGAUUAUAAAUGCGCUUCCCGCAAGACCUCAAAUGCCUGUGAAAGAAGAGUCUAUAGCAGCAUUAUCUCUAAUGCUGUUCUUUCUUGUUGUGUGGUGAUGACAGCUGCUUAUCUUUAUGUUUAAUUAAUGUGAUUGCUUCUUUAGCAGGUGACAAGCCAUGGAUUUAGAUUUCACAAUCCCUCCACAGUUCAGUGUUGGCCGGGAGCUUGCAACUUUGAUUGCUACCUGUGGGAUCCUGCCCAAGGCUUGGGAGAGGAUAUGCAGUAUUUCCAACAAUAAUGGAGAGAGUUUUCUUGUGAUAAAAGAUGGAGGUGUAGCAUAUGUGAUCUUUCAUUCGUUUCAUGAAGAAGAUUUCAUGGUCCCAGAUGGCAAAUAUGGAGAGUGCAAUAUCCAGGAUGAGGAAAUUUUCUCUGCUGGACUAAAGGGUGAUGGUGCUAAACCGGCUCUUGUUCACAAGGGAGCUCUCAACCGAUUCCUGCAUAUUAUGGAAAAUUCAGAUUUCAAGGCCAAGGUGCAAGGUUUAAAGGAACAAGCAAUUAUAUUUGUGGGCCAUUCUAUUGGAGGUGCAGUUGCAGCCCUGGCCACACUCUGGUUUCUAGAAAAGCGACUGAGAAAUUUCAAUCCCUUUUGCAUUACAUUUGGUGCUCCUUUGUUUGGAAAUGCCAUAAUUCAAGAGGCAGUUGGGCGCGAGGAUUGGUUGGGCAGAUUUUGUCAUGUUGUCUGCAAGAAUGAUAUUGUUCCCAGGAUGUACCUUGCACCAUAUGAAUCAAUUGCCAAGCCUUUGGAUGCAAUUGUACCUCACUGGCGGAGCAAAAUGGGCAUUGACUGCGUUGCUGUACCACAUCUUUCUAUUUCGGAAGCUUGCAUGACUCUUCUUAAAAAUGUCCUGAAGUGCACGUCUACUAUUGCAAACAAUUACCCUGGAGAAUCUGGUUUUAGAAGCCCGUUUGUACCCAUCGGUACUUACAUGUUCUGUUCAACCCAUGGUGCAGCUUGUUUUGAGGACUCUGAAGCUGUCCUUAAGUUGCUGCAUUUCACUAUGCAAAGCCAAGAAGGAAUAACAUUCGAGCAAAUUGCAGGCACCUGUAUUUCUGAGCACACGGAUUAUGGCCAUAUAUUCGAAUAUAUCGAUGAAGCCUUGCUAAAUACAAGACAGUUUGCAAACUUUGUCUCAAAUUCCUCCUUUGAGAUGGGAAUAGCCUUGGAAUUGGAAGCAAUCGGUGUUGGAGCUCAGGACAAUCAUGCAUUUCUUGCACUCAGAAAAGCUGGAGAAGACAAACAUGAGAAAGAUGUAAACAUUGAGAAACUCAAUGUCGAUUUGAGCAAGUACCAAAGUUACAUGGCAGAGUUGGAAUGGUAUAAAACGCGUUGUAAGGACAACGGCUCUGGCUAUUAUGAUGCUUUCAAAGAGAUUGCUAACCAGAAAGAUUUUAAAGUAAAUUUGCACAGAACAAAGUUGGGAGGCUUCUGGGAUGAGAUUGUUGAGAUGGAAGAGAAGCAUGUGUUGCCCAGUGACUUCCGAAGCAGAAAUAAAUGGAUCAAUGCUGGCACUGCAUAUAGAAGGCUUGUAGAGCCUCUGGACAUUGCAGAGUACUAUCACAUAAAGAAAGGACACACAAGUUAUCUUUCAGAUGAGGUCCGACCGCAUUGUCACUUAGUUCUGGAGAAAUGGAUGAAAGAAAAAGAGCGAACUCGCGCUAGUACCGGUAGAGGAAAAAAGGGCCGCACAAAUUUUGCAUCCUUAACUGAAGACUCAAUAUUUUGGGCUCGUUUAGAAGAGGCUCGUAAAGCCUUGAUAAAUAUCCAACAAGAGCAAGACAAGAAAGCCCCUCUGCAAGAAAGUCUUGAGUUCGAAACAUAUGCUGGGAGUAUGAUCAAAGACAAAAGUAUUUCUGCGGAGGUAUUUUUGGAGCAGAGUAGCUUCAUGAUAUGGUGGCAACAAUACAGCAAUAUCCAACUUCAAUCCCCACAGUGGAGUUCAAGCUCUCCCUUGUUCAACGUCAUGACACAGAUAUCAUGGAGCAUAUCUGCUUAGUAUCAGUUUUCUUAUUUUCAGGUUCAGUUUGCUUGGUAGACGGACACAAAACUUUUGCAUUAAAUAUAUUAUUCGUCGAAUGUUUUUUUUUUGUUUUCAACAAUCCUAUCAGACUUUUGAUUUGAUGUAUUGUUGGAAUCAGUUUGAUUUGUAAGGUUCUUCUGUCUAAAUGUCUGUUACAUUUUAAGAGACUAUCUUAUUAUUUUAGUUUGGCAAUUGGAUGAAAGCAAAAUUCUAAUGUUCA